AUGAACUCUAGUGUCUUGGCCUGCAACUAUGCCAGAUCAGGAUGCUCCGACCUUAAUGCCAAGCUUUCUUCCGUGCCUUCGGUUGCAUCUCCACCAGUGUCUGGUCUCAAGUUGCCUAUCAUCAAGGCUCAGCAAGCUAAAGUUGUUGAAUCUAAAUCAAACGAAGGAAGGAGAAAUGCCCUUGUUUUCUUGACAGCUACCCUUUUCACUGCUGCAGCUGCUGCUUCCAACUCUCCUGCCAAUGCUGGAAUCAUUGAAGAAUACCUUGAAAAGAGCAAGGCCAACAAGGAACUGAAUGACAAGAAAAGGUUAGCGACAACUGGGGCCAAUUUUGCAAGAGCAUACACUGUGGAAUUUGGCACUUGCAAGUUCCCAGAAAACUUUACUGGUUGCCAAGAUCUAGCUAAGCAAAAGAGGGAGAAACAGAGAAGAAGAAGAAGGAAUGCACGUCUCCUUCGCUGGCGCCAAACGAAAACUAAAAUGGAAAGGAUGAAUCCGCGUGAUAUCUCAACACGAAAUAUUGAACGUACAAUAAAGCCGCACACGGAUCGCUCCAAAUCCAAAGGUCCAAAACGCAAACCUCCUUCCCUCCAAAAUUUCAAACUCUGA